GCCGGGGGGCGGCGGGGGGCUCGGCGGCCGCCCUCCGCGCCUUGACGCCCUCGUCGCUGCUGCUGCUGCCCGCCGAGGCCGAGACGCGGCAGCGCCUCCUGCGCAGCGCCAAGAAAGAGGUGAAACAGAUAAUGGAGGAAUCCGUCACCAGGAAGUUUGUACAUGAAGACAGCAGCCACAUCAUUUCCUUUUGUGCUGCCGUUGAAGCCUGUGUCCUCCACGGCCUCAAGCGGCGGGCGGCGGGCUUCCUGCGCAGCAACAAGAUUGCCGCUCUGUUCAUGAAGGUGGGGAAGAGCUUUCCUCCUGCUGAGGAAUUGUCCCGGAAGGUGCAGGACCUGGAGCAGCUCAUUGAGAAUGUGCGAAACCAGAGCCCGGGUGUCCAGGAGAGCACACGCAAGGCUUCCAAGCUCCCCAGCCUCUCCCCGCAGGCCAUCAGGCACCUCUGGAUCCGGACGGCACUUUUUGAAAAGGUCCUGGACAAAAUAGUGCUCCACUUGGUGGAAAACAGCAGCAAAUACUAUGAGAAGGAAGCUCUGCUGAUGGAUCCAGUUGAUGGGCCAAUCCUUGCCUCUUUGCUGGUGGGACCUUGUGCACUGGAGUACACCAAGAUGAAGACCGCCGACCAUUUCUGGACCGACCCCUCGGCUGACGAGCUGGUCCAGCGCCACCGAAUCCACAGCUCUCACUGCCGCCAAGACUCACCCACCAAACGCCCAGCUCUCUGUAUUCAGAAGAGGCAUUCCAGUGGAAGCAUGGACGACCGGCUAUCUCUCUCAGCCAGAGACUACGUUGAGUCGCUGCACCAGAACUCCAGAGCCACACUCUUAUACGGCAAAAAUAAUGUCUUGGUGCAGCCGCGGGACGAUAUGGAGUCCAUCCCAGGAUAUUUGUCCCUUCACCAGACUGCUGACGUCAUGACUCUCAAGUGGACCCCAAACCAACUGAUGAAUGGCUCUGUGGGUGAUCUGGACUAUGAGAAAAGCAUCUACUGGGACUACGCCAUGACCAUCCGCCUGGAGGACAUUGUCUACCUCCACUGCCACCAGCAAGUAGACAGUGGGGGCACAGUUGUCCUGGUAAGCCAAGACGGCAUCCAGCGCCCACCACUGCGAUUCCCGAAAGGUGGGCACCUCCUGCAGUUCCUCUCCUGCCUAGAAAAUGGGCUCCUGCCCCAUGGCCAGCUGGACCCCCCUCUGUGGUCACAGAGGGGGAAGGGGAAGGUGUUUCCAAAGCUGAAGAAGCGAAGCCCCCAGGGGUCCUCGGAGUCGGCAUCAGACAAGGAGGAGGAGGAGGCAACCGAUUACGUUUUCCGGAUCCUCUAUCCUGGCCUUCAGUCAGAGUUUGUGGUUGUUAACCACCCUUCUUGCCUUCCCUCCACCUCUACUUCCGCUGGGAAAGAAAAGGCCUGGAUGCGUCGGACCUCUGGCAGAGUGGUGGUGAUGCCCAAAUGGUCUCUGAGUCUUCCUGAGGCAACGGCUCCCCUUCUGGUCACGUUGGGGUCCAGCCCACACCUGUCCCCGCAGGAUCUGGUCGACACCCAGACGAGCACCCUCCCUUCCAUGUGGCAGCCGGGCACCCGCAAGUCCUCCUGCUCGUCCUGCUCUCAGAGCGGAUCCACGGAGAGUGGCCCCUCCAAUGGUUGCAACCAUGAAAGGGCUCCUCUGAAGCUGCUGUGUGAUAACAUGAAGUACCAGAUACUAUCUCGAGCGUUUUAUGGCUGGCUGGCCUACUGCCGGCACCUCUCCACGGUGAGAACCCACCUCUCGGCGCUGGUGAACCACGACAUUGUGUCACCCAGUGUGCCCUGCAGCGCCAGCCAGGGGCUGACCGCUGAGGUCUGGGAGAUGUUCCUGCAAGACAGUACGAGCUAUGAGGAGAAAGAGCUUUUGCGGCUAGUCUACUUUGGAGGGGUCCAACACGAGAUCCGGAAAGCAGUCUGGCCUUUCCUGCUGGGACAUUACCGGUUUGGGAUGUCAGAAGCUGAGAGAAAGCAGGUCGACAGCCAGACUCGCGCCUGCUAUGAGCAAACCAUGGCAGAGUGGCUGGGCUGCGAGGCGAUUGUCCGACAACGGGAGAAGGAGUCUCACACGGCCGCCCUGGCCAAGUGCUCCUCAGGGGCCAGCCUGGACUCCCACAUGGAACACAUGAUGCACCGAGAUUCGACCAUCAGCAACGAUUCUUCCCAGAGCGGCAGUUCCGGCCCACAGAACCUGACACGGCUUCAGAGCGACUCCAGUGGCAGUACCCAGGUGUUUGAGUCGGUCGAUGAGGUAGAACAGCCCGAGGCAGAUGCCAAACCUGAAGAUGGCAAACGGCCCAAACUCUCCAACGGGAUGAUCCCAGACGGCGCCUCCUCCCCCGACCCUUGCUAUCCCUCUUCCCAGAACUUUUUGGUCACCUCCCCAUGCUCAGAGCAGAUCUUCAGCACCAAGGACAGUAUGGUGGAGACCGCAAAAGCCGCGGUGUGCCACUCUGCCCAGGCGAGCAUGGCUGUCGGCCAGGGACCUCUCAGUGUGGACAAAGCCCUUGUGGGUGGCACACAAACAGGGGAAGGUUUGCAGGGCCAGGACAGCCUGGAGGAGCUCCCCACCACCAGCAGCUUAGAGGAGUUUAUCCUCAUGGGCAAGGAGCACCCUGAUAAAGAGGGGGCAUCUCUGUCUAUAGUGGAUGUGACAGGCAGCUGGCCAGACCACAGUGUGGGGCAGCAGAACUCCAUGGGGAGUGAAGAUGACCUCUCAGAAGAGCCAGAGAUGGAGAGCCUGUACCCGCAGCUGGAUUCACACUCCCUGGCUGUCACUGACUUGACCAUUAGCGAAGUCUCGCCUGUCUCCUCGUCAGGGGUCACCUACUCUCCAGAGCUGCUUGACAUGUACACUGUGAACCUGCACCGCAUUGAGAAGGAUGUCCAGAGGUGUGACCGGAACUACUGGUAUUUCUCACCAGCCAACCUGGAGAAGCUGCGUAACAUCAUGUGCAGCUACGUCUGGCACCACAUUGACAUUGGCUAUGUCCAGGGGAUGUGUGACUUGCUGGCUCCUUUGCUUGUGAUUCUGGAUGAUGAGGCCAUUGCCUUCAGUUGUUUCACAGAGCUUAUGAAGCGGAUGAACCAGAACUUCCCCCAUGGAGGCGCCAUGGACACCCACUUUGCCAACAUGAGAUCCCUCAUCCAGAUUUUAGACUCUGAGCUGUUUGAGCUGAUGCAUCAAAAUGGCGAUUACACGCAUUUUUACUUCUGCUACCGCUGGUUUCUCCUGGAUUUUAAGCGAGAGCUAGUUUACAAUGAUGUCUUCUCUGUCUGGGAAACGAUCUGGGCAGCAGCACAGAUCUCCUCGUCUCAUUAUGUCCUCUUCAUUGCUCUUGCCUUGGUGGAGGUUUAUCGGGACAUCAUCCUGGAGAACAACAUGGACUUCACGGAUAUCAUCAAGUUCUUCAACGAAAUGGCAGAGCGGCACAACACUCAACAGGUCCUGAAGCUGGCGCGGGACCUUGUCUACAAAGUCCAGACACUCAUUGAGAACAAGUGAUUUGAGAGAACAUCUGUCCUGGAGGAGGAAGGGAGACUGAAGCAACCCUUGUGUACAUUUGGAGGCUGGACUAGCGCAUAAGGCAGAGAGCUAGAGAGGGAGCAUGCCUCUCCCCAUGAACUUGAGCCAGUCCCUGGAGAGGCAGUCUCCCAGCCAGUCAUUCCACGGUUUGCAUGGGCUGGGUGUUUUCAGCCACUGCCUGCUGGCUCUUCUGUUUCCGUGAUGACAAUUAACCAAAGAACUCACAAGCUCUGCCUCCUUUCUCAUUCAGGUAGGAUGGAGCUUGACUGGCACAAACCUUGCCUUGAGGACAGAGGUCAGUCGUUAGGUGGGUGGAAAGGGUGUGGCUGUUUAUUGGGAUGUCUGGUUUUAUUACCUUCUGUUCCUGUUUGGAAAGGUCAAGGUGACAGCCUUGAAAAGGGGUGGCUGGGAUCUGUCAUUGAUUUCCCUCCCUCCCUUAAGAUCUUCCUUCAGAGAGAAUAUUUUAAACAGCCAGCAUUUUUUCUUCCCCUAUCACCUCCAAAAUGUGCAGGUCGGGAUCUAACUCUUGGCCCUUUAAUCAAAAGGUGAGGCUUUGCCGAGGUCAUCCUUUUAUGGGGAAGCUUUCCCACCUUCUGAAGGGUGCCAGUUGAGGCCAUCUCUGCCACUGAGGUUUGUCUGUUCUCUUCCUGAUUUUCCUGAAAUUUUCUGCAGUGCCCCAGAUCGCUGUCACCAUAUUUCAUUAGGAAACCGUAUAGCAGACUGAGGCCAGGCUGGCCUGUUCCAUCCUGCUCUGUGGGGAUGCUUGCCAUUCUUUGCCCUUGACCAGGGCCUGAAAAAAAAACAUGUUCUCCAACCCAGCACAUUUUUUUGCUGGACUGAGGACUUAAGCAUCCUGCUUUUCUAUCAUGAGGUUGCAAAGCCAUCAUGUAUGUCCAGGGCCUUGAUGGCAUCUCAUUGAAAUUUCUCUCUCGCUUCUCUCUUUCUGCCCUAGAUGGCUCCUUGUGUUUCAAAGCAGAAAGCACCCGAUGGUUGCUCUGGUCCAUCCUCAGGAGUUUCCUCUCUUCAACACUGAACCUUGGAGGUUGGGCUCGGCCUAUUAACACACACACACACACACACACACACACACACACACACACACACACACUUUGCACCUCUCCUUCACAUUGUCCUUCUGAAUGAUGUGAUAGUACAGGAUACUUCUUGGAGAAAGUCUAUAAACACUUACUACAGGAGGUAAGCCAUCCUUCCCCAACCUACUGCCCUCCAGAUGGUGUUGAGCUCCAACUUCCAAUAUCCUCCGUCUGCCUGGCCAAUGGUCAAGGAUGAUGGGAGUUGUAGUCCAACACCACUUGGUGAGCCCCAUGUUGGGAAAGGCUGAUGGAAACGGCAGUCCAUGGAGCUGAUCCUGUGACUCCUCUGAAGUUCUGCCUUUGUGUUGUCUCUGGUCAGCACCAGAUUAACCAGUCUUCUUAGCACUCUAGUGUGAAGUAACAUUGAGGACAAAUAUUUGAAUUGGUCUGUGUUAAAAAUUCAGGUGUUCUUUUUAAAAGUGAAGGAGAAAGAAGCAGAAUGAAAUUAAAUGGGUUUCCUGAUUUUAAAAAAUCUCCUGAAAAGAUUGCCAUCAUGGCUAAGUGAGUGCCUAUAUUUUGUUUGGUUGUUGUUGUCAUGAAAAGGCCUUCCUCGUAGCCAGUAAAUGCUCAGCCAUAGUUGCUUCUCCCUCUCACUCCAGAGGACUAGUCUCUUAAACAGUGCUGCAAAAUCCAUCCCACCCACCCUGCUGGGUCUCUGUGCUGGCUACUCGUACUUCCAUGCUAAGCCCUUCCUAUUCUUCUUUCAGGAGAGAGUGGUCAAAGAGCACCGCUUCCAAAGUGAGUAACCCUUAAUGACCUCCAUCCUUAAAUUGGGAGCGGGGGUUCAGUCCUUGGCAGCUGCACUUCAAAGCAGGGAGCUCUGUCUCAACAGUACACUCAAACUGGUUUAACUGUCCCGGCUUCCCUAUGCAAAGCCCUGGGGAUUUGAGUUUGGAGAGGGAGCUGCUGACCUCACCCAAGCCCAUUAAUUUUGCCCUUCCCAUUUGGCUCCCAGGCUGUAAGUCCCAGGCUUCCAUCACUGGCUGUGCAAGGAGGCCAUGCCAAGUGGACCAGUAGUGCAAACUGGAUUCCUUGCCCCAAAAAAGUUCAGCUUGGACUUCCCAUGGCCUUUGGUGGCUGGUUGGACUUCCACAAAGUGGUAGGGCACUCCAUUUUUCUGGCAAGUGUUAAAGAAUCAGGCACCGCCCUCCAAAGCAGACAUAGGCACAUCCCAGGCUCAGCCAGAUACUAAAGCACAAGAGAAUCGUGCCCCUGGGCAGUGGUGCCAAGUGGGCUUUUGCCCUUUUGUCCCCAUAAGGAAGGGGAGCAGUUACAAAACAAGUUACUUCCUCCUGUUCUGGAGCUGAUCUGCCUUACUACUUCUACCCCCAGAGCUUUUUCUGGGAGAUGGCAGGGCAAUGUGGUAUUUUAAGGAUAAAGUUUGGGACUGAAGGAUCCAUGCAGUCCAUGGGGUGGGUGGGUGUACGUACAUGUUGCUUGUGCUGGGCUUUUUGACUGUGGAUGCUAGUGUUUCCACCCUCCUUUCUUAAAAGCACAAACUUGAUCUAGUGACCUGUUUCUGAAAGAUAAAGCUUUCCACUUUGGAAAACUCCAAACGAGAGAAUUAAGCAGGCUGACUAGCCCUUUUCUGACAGGGCAGUGUCCUUGCCAAGCAAAUUGUGAGGAGGCAGCUGCCCUGGAGGUGGCAGCGAGAAAUGGUAUGUUGCAGUGGAAAGAGCAUGGGACCUUGACUUGCUUUGAAUUUUCGCUCACCCUUGAAGCUGCUGGUUGGUCACUUCCUGCCCAUCCAGCCUACUUCACAGAGUGACCAUGAGGACAACAUGGUCCAUCUUCUCCCCUUUAUUGGAGGAAGGGUGAGAUGCAGUGCGUAGGCUGCAUCUGCAGGGGAUUUUUGAUGUUGUCUUUGUUUUUGACACUAUGAGAAGCUGUAUCUAAAUUUUGAGAAGUAGUUUCUAGUAUAUAACUUUGAAAUUGUUAGCACAAGGGUUUUCCACUCCCAUAUCACACUCUUGUUUUCAGAGCAAUGCUACAUCACCAUGAACUCAUUGCACUCACCCCUUGGGGUGACCUUUUAGUUUUUCUGAAAUCCCUUUAAAAAAUGGUUUUGUUUUAAAAGCUAGCUGAAUAAUCAAGCACUUUCUGCCUAUGCUAUCAGAGAGAGCAUAUUUUGGCCAUUUGAUAGCAGUCUUGCUUUGUGUGUGUGUGUGUGUGUGUGUGCGCGCGCAUGUGUUUUAAGGGGAGCACUUUUAAAUGCAAAGAAAAUGUUAUUUAUUUACAGGUCUUUAUUGAUUCUCUCUGUGCGUCCUGAACUCUGUGUGUGUGAAGCAUUAUGCAAACAAAUAACAUUCUUUUCUCAAUGUCGCCAAACAUAUCUUUUAAAUGUUGAUCAGGAAAUUGUUUGUGUGUGUGUGUCUAUAUCUAUAUAUUAUAAAGAUACAAAUAUUAUAUGUACAGUAUAGAAAAUGUAUAUGUGAGUUAGGCAGGGCACUAAGAAAUUAUUGCUUUUAAGAAAAGCGUUUUGCUGCUCCUCAGAUGCCAAAAUUAUUUGAGUGUAUUGGGAGUAGUAGUGGAGGUUUGUUGCUGUUCUGUUGCACGUCAGAGGAUAAAGGCAGAUAAUAGUUUGCAAGAAAAAGUGGCUUCAUUUCCUAUGGGGUGUAAAGUGAUAUGUCUCUCUCAUCCCAUCACCUUGCCAAAGAGACUUGGCAGGUUUCUGAAUCCCUAUGAAAACCUUCCAGAUUUUGUUGACCAGAGGUGAGUGUGCAUGCCACAAGCAUUGAUUCCCGUUUUCACAUUACCUAAAAAAAGAAAAGAAGUCUAAUUUUGAAAUUACAACACUUGGGGCUAGCGUGCAUGUCAAAAAAUUCAUGCACAGAAUGCCAUGUCUGUCAAUGAGAAACUGCCAUGGAUCCGGAUUGAUUUGGUGGGGCAGAGGCUGGAUGUGCUCUUAACUUGUGCAUGAACCUGCCCUUUGAGUAGAAAUGCUAUCAUGGGCAGCCUUUGGAAUCUCUGGCUGGAGGACUUUUACAUCCUUGAAAAAGACGGCCCAUCUUAUCUAUACACAUUACGACAUCAGGUGAAGCCUUGGGCAGGGGAGAAUAAAACCAGCUGUUACUCUUUGCAAUCCUCUAAAAGAAUGUUAAGCUAACACAGCGGGGGGGGGGCUAUGGGGGGACACACACCCCAGAAGCUGCUGCACCUCCAACUGCCGUCACCCCUGACAUCAGCUGGUCAUCCCUGAUGUGAGAUGGGAGUCCACAACUUUUGUAUAACACCCCCCCACACACACAUUAUUCUCUUUCAGCUGCAGCGGAAUUAAUUUGACAGCCCACAUUUAAACACUUGACUCUAGUUUUCUGGUCAUUCUUAAGAUGAAGAGAUUUCUAUUAUUUCAACGGUGGCCAAACACAGUAUCAGGCAGUCAUUCCACUAGAACUUUUUGUUUCUUAUUACAAUCGUGGUUGAGAAUGUGAACCUGUUAGAAUAUAUAAAAAAAUUGUCUAGUAGCACCUUAAGGUAAAGGUAAAGGGACCCCUGACCAUUAGGUCCAGUCGUGGCCAACUCUGGGGUUGCAGCGCUCAUCUUGCUUUAUUGGCCGAGGGAGCUGGCGUACAGUUUCUGGGUCAUGUGGCCAGCAUGACUAAGCCGCUUCUGGCAAACCAGAGCAGCGCACGGAAAUGCCAUUUACCUUCCUGCUGGAGCGGUACCUAUUUAUCUACUUGCACUUUGACGUGCUUUCGAACUGCUAGGUUGGCAGGAGCAGAACGGUCGGCAGUUCGAAUACCCGUGACCGGGUGAGCUCCCGUUGCUCGGUCCCUGCUCCUGUACCCACCACAGCACCACCCGCAUCCCUUAUAUAGAUAAGUAGAGGGUUUUAAAGGAGGAUUGGACAAAUUCAUGGAGAAUAAGGCUAUCAAUGGUGUUUGCAUAGUUCCUAUAUGCCCCUCCUUUUCAACUGGGACUGAAGUAGCAGCUGGAAAUUUUGGUGAUAAUUGCCACAGAUAUGUUUUUUUAAAGGUUUCAAUUGCUGCUAUUUUGGUGUUUGAAAAAGCACACACUCCUUCCAUUGCAACACCGUUUCUGCUUUUUCCUACGUUGGACCCAAGCUGACUUUGAUACCUGUUCUGUUGUGUGUAGUAAAUACCCUUGCCAUUGAACACCAAGUGUUCUUGUGUUCUCCUCUGACUAGUGUACAGUGCUGGAAGAAGCAAGUUUAGCAACAGGCUGACUGUGGAAUAUUCAAGUGGCAUAUUUGGAAAUAACUGUUCCAGCCAGCUCUUUUUUAGUGUGCGUGUGUUUGUUUUCCAAUGUCAGCUCUAUCUGAAGACCUUAAAGCAAACAUAGGGAACCUGUGGCUCUCCAGACAUUGCUGGACUCCCAUCUCUCAUCUGCAGUCAGCAGGGCCAAUGAUAUGGGAUGAUGACAGGAGUUGUAGUCCAGCAACAUCUGGAAGGCUGCAGGUGUCCCAUCCGUGCCUUAAGGGAAUGCAAAGUUCAAAGCAGAGAAAAUGUAUUGCUGUGCUUUCAUUUAGGGGUGCCUCUUUUCUGCUGCAUGUCUGGAUUCUGGCCCCAAUCCAAAGUUGUUGACACCCUCUGAUGUGCACACACACACCAAGGUUGCAGGUUCGAUCCCUGUACAGGACAGCUGCGUAUUCCUGCAUUGAAGGGGGUUGGACUAGAUGACUCUCAGGGUCCCUUCCAACUCUACAAUUCUAUGAUCUCCUCCUGCAAAUGGUGGGGUAGUGAUGGAGAAAUCCCCAUUCAUUUCAGCAGGGCGGGCUAUCAUACACAAGGAAGUAUGCCAGAACAAAGAUGAGAAGCACUUGUGAAUUGGAGCUGUGAGAUUUGUGUGCAUCUAAAUCAGCCUUCGCCAACCUGGUACACUCCGAGUGUUAUAGAUCAGUGUUUUGCAACCUUGAGCCCUGAGAUGUUGUUGGACAACAACUCCCAUCAUCCCCAGCCAACUUAACCCAAGGCCAAGAAUGAUGGGAGAUGUAGUCCAGCAACAUCUGAGGACCCAGGGUUGAAGGGCACUUUUUUUUUAAGACUACAGUUCUUAUAAGACCAAGCCCAUGUGGCCUUCCUUCCAUCAGCCCCAUCAUCAUGCAGCUGUGCUGGGAGUAGGGGCUGAUGGAAGCUGGAGCCCCACAACAUCUGGAGGGUCCCUGGUUGGUCUACAGCAGGGGUCAGCAAACUUUUUCAGCAGGGGGCUGGUCCACUGUCCCUCAGACCUUGUGGGGGACUGGACUAUAUUUUGAAGAGAGAAAAAAUGAACGAAUUCCUAUGCCCACAAAUAACCCAGAGAUGCAUUUUAAAUAAAAGCACACAUUCUACUCAUGUAAAAACAUGCUGAUUCCUGGACUGUCCACGGGCCGGAUUUAGAAGGCGAUUGGGCCAGAUCUGGCCCCCGGGCCUUAGUUUGCCUACCCAUGGUCUACAGCUUCUCCAUGUGAAUUAGCAAUUGUUGGUGUGUGGGCAACUGUGUCCUAAUCACCAGAGCUGCUUUUUGUUUUAACCAGGGUGGGGUGCAUAGCUGUCAACUUUCAGAUUUGAAAAUAAGGGAUCAGCAGGCUCACCUGUCCCGGAGACAGUCUAUGGGAUAUCUAACAAUCUGGGAUAGCAGCGGGAAACGGCACUGAAAUAAGGGAAUUUCCUGCCAAAAAAAGGGAAGGUUGACAGCUAUGGUGGGGUGGGGCUAGGGUCUCCAUCUUGGCCAAAAGAGACACACCCAAAGCUGGAAGCUUAGUGGGAGUUCUGGUUGGAAAGGUGGUGUCGCUCUCUCUCUCUCUCUGUGUGUGUGUCUGUCUGUGUCAAGCAACCCAGGAAGGUUCUUCAGGUACCUUUUUUGGAGCAAGAAAACAUGAGCUCUGAAUGUAUCCUGUUGAGUGAUUGCUGCCUGACACAACUUGCUGCUGCUGCUGCUGCUGCUUUGUGUGUGUGUGUCAGCGGGCUCCUUUGGGCUACUCUGGUAUCACUCCUUAUGAGGUGCCCUGCUGUUGCUUUCAUAGUUAAUGUUUGACAAUAAAAGUGCUGCUUUUUGCCUGUUUGCAUUCCGCUCUGUGGCAUAAUCUUGGUUAUUUUUUAAAAAUUCUGCUUUGAUAUUUUGUUAACCAAUGUUAAUUGUAACUUAUUUCUGUGGGGCCAGAAAGACAAAAGAAAGUUAUAUAUUCUCUAUGGUUCUAUGUAUUUUCAAAUCAAUAAUUAAACAAACAAACAAACAAAA